AUGGAGCCUCCUGUGAAAAAAGGUAAUAACCAUGGUAGUAUAUCAACAAUAGAUGGUAGUUGUUAUACAAAUUUUCCGCUUAGUUUACCAAUUACAAUUAUGCCAUCUUCUGUAAAUCAAACAGAAUUAUCGAAUAUUAAUGAUAACAACAAUAACAACAACAGUAACAGUAAAUAUUCAAGAUCAAUGGAUGAAAAAUUUCAAUUCUUAGCUAACGCUGCAGCGGCUGCUUCUUCUUCUACAGUUACAUCUGCCAACCAGAUGCGUUCAAAUAAUAAUUCGGAUGUAAAUAUUAAGGAACAAAACAAUCAUCAUCAAAUGAUACCGACAAAUCAUAAUAGCCAUAGUACAUUACCGACACAAUCGAAAUCAAACCCAACAACAUCAUCAUCAUCAUCAUCAUCAUUAACGACAAUGAAAAAACAACGCAGAAGGCGUACAGCAUUCACACAAGCACAAUUGAAUUUUCUAGAGAAACGUUUCCUUGAACAAAAAUAUUUGACCGUUGCUGAUCGUGGUCAAGUAGCUGAUCAAUUGAAUCUAUCGGAAACACAAAUAAAAACUUGGUAUCAAAAUCGAAGAACCAAAUGGAAACGACAAAAUAAUGUUAAAUUGGAUGAAUUACGUUAUAAUGGACCGAAAAAUUCAAAUUCAAAAAAUCAUCAAGCAGAUUCAAUUAACAUUAUCAAUAAUAACAAUGUUUCAGCAAAUGAUCAACAAAAACAUCAACAACAAACAAAUGAAUCAAUUCUAAUCGAUCCGGUUAAUUUAUUUAAUACAAAUUUCAAAGUACCUGCUUUGCAUUCUGAUAAUACAGAUUCGUCGUCAUCAUCAUCAUCAUCAUCGCCAUCACCAUCGCCAUCACAAUCACCAACAACAUCAUCAUCAACAUCAUCAGAACAGCCACAACCAGCAACAUUAUCAUCACGAUAUUUACAGCCAUUUUUUAAUGCAUCAUUCAUUACAACAACAACAACAACAACAAAAAUCAUUAUCACCAAAAAUGUCUCCCAUAAUUUUACCCCAUCAUCAUCAUCAUCAUCAUCAUCAUCAACAACAAAUGUAUGGUCAAACGAAUUUGAUGAUUGA